AUGGGCUUCCACUAUCCCCGACAUAGCGAAACGCGCAUCCAAUCUCGAGAUGGCUUCUUACGCUUCAUCGAGCGCUACCCGGAUCUUAGCCGUAGCGUUCCGAACAACAUCUACGCGGUCCCCACCCAUGAUUCACUUCUCGACUAUGGUACAUAUCGAACCAUCAUGACUUCGAGCGGCGUCCACUUCACAGAGGCCCUGCCGACUAGUUUUGAGCUCACCAAUGUCUCUGGGAUCAUGUGCACCUCUGAGCGCGUGCUUCUUCUUACGAAAGCUCGCGCCUACUUCGAGGCGGAGUUGAAAGACGUCCUACAACUGGGACAUCGCAUACGUCGAAUUGAUGAUACGGAAGACGCUGUAUAUAUCGACGACGAGUGCUUCGACUUUGCCAUCGAUGCCACCUGGGGCCACUACAGUAAACCCGAUAUCCCCGUUCUCUACGAGCCUACGUUCUCUAACAUUGGUUGA